AUGUCUGCGUGGGCCUCUGGCAGUCUAGUUGAAAGGCUUAAGCAGCAAAAACUAUCUGCUGCGACCAACAAAGACGCAGUUCCACCACCUGCUGGCCCCACCGUACCUACCACAUCAAGCACCGCAAGCAAUAAGAGUAAUACUAAUAAUACUACUACUACUACUACUAAUAAUAAUAAUAUUAACAAUAACAAUAACAAUAAUGUUAUCAACGCCCCGAAUCAUGCUCCUCAUGUUCCUCCACCAGCAGUGGAUAACAAUGCCGCCGUCACUCAAAAAGCGAAGCCGGUAGUUUCCCCCACCCGGGACCAACAGCAGAAAGAGAAACAACAACAAGAGGAAGAAAAGCAAAAACAACUUCUGCAGGAAGAGGAGGAGGAUGAGGAGAAACUCGUUAAAAUUGGCGUGCUUUCGCUACCUCAAGAAAUAGCGAAGCUUGCCUCUGUUGAAUUUACGUUUGUCGGUACUGUGAAGACACCCCCACGCCCAGUAGAGGAGUGUAGUCGCCCAGCAGUUCCCGCUGCACGCGAGGCGACAUCCACAACGGCAACGUUUGUGCCGCAAAAUGUGCACCACAGAGUUGCGCCAGUGAGUGAGACGAGUCAUGCCUAUCCCAUGCACCAUCACCACCAUCAUCACCGCCCCCACCAGUAUCAACAACAACAACAACAACAACAACAACAGCAGCAGCAGCAAUACUACCAUUACCAACAACACGCACAACCACAACCACAACAGCCACCGCCACCCCCACAACAGCGAUAUAUGCAGCACGGCAUGGCAGGGCAAUCAUAUCAAGACACCUAUGGUGCCAUGCCGUAUAAUAUGAGCCCGUACGCUGCUCCUUAUCACCCACGUAUGUAUAAUGGUUAUCCUGGUAUGGGCAUGUACGGUGGUAUGGGGGAAUAUGGUGGUUUCUCGCUCCAGGGAAGACCCGCAUAUUAUCCACCCCCUCAAUCUCAGAUGGGUCCGUACGUUCCGCCUCAACAGUAG